AUGACCCAAUUAGCAAAAGCUAUUGAAGAAGGAGAAGGAGCAGAAAAAUCCCUCAUCAAGAUUAAACCAUUUAGAGGAGAUGGAGACUGGUUAAAAGAAACAGAAAAAAAAAUUCAGCAAUAUGAUACUGGUGAUGAUGAUAAUCAAUUUAAA